UUUGGUUCAGGUCAGGGGGUGACAGGAAGUUGUAGCUGCCAAUGUUUAGCUUGCCGCUUUGUUGAGGAUUCCUGCUGGGCUUCCUGCAGAUUUUAUCAUAAGAGUUGCAAUGGAACCGAGCUGGAGUACGUUUUUAUUUCAACAGGCCAAUGAGGCCCUCCACCAGCACCAAAUAGCCGGAAACAGCCUUUUGCCUCUGCUCAAUUCUGCAACGGAGCCACCUGAUCAGAAACCAGUACUGCCCAUACUGUUGGACCAGAAACCACCAGUCAGUGCUGCAGAACUUCUUAAAGAUAAUGUGGCCAGCGGGGCUGGGGGAGGAGGUGGUGGAGGACCUCUACUUGCUGUGAUUAAAAAAGAACCCAAAUCAAAGACGCCCUUCAUUUGUGGCUACUGCAACAAGGCUUUUCGGGACAGUUACCACUUGCGGCGGCAUGAGUCAUGUCACACCGGCAUUAAGAUGGUCUCACGGCCUAAAAAGACACCCACAGCUCCCACCAUGGUGCCACUCAUAGCCACUGUACCUCGUGAAAAUAGUGGAAACUCUUCAUACAUUACUACUGUAGCUGGUAUCUUGACUACAGCCACCACAUCAACAGCAACAGGCACAAGCAUUAUGACACCGAUGCAACACCAACAGCAGCAGAGCAUCCCUAAGAAACCCUCCAAGCCCGUGAAAAAGAAUCACGGCUGUGAUAUGUGUGGAAAGGCCUUCCGAGAUGUUUAUCACCUCAACCGUCACAAGCUGUCGCACUCUGAUGAAAAACCGUUUGAGUGUCCCGUCUGUCACCAGAGGUUCAAGAGGAAGGAUCGAAUGACGUAUCAUGCACGCUCCCAUGAUGGCGGCAUUCACAAGCCUUACAUUUGUUCUGUGUGUGGGAAAGGAUUCUCCAGGCCUGAUCAUCUCAGCUGUCAUGUCAAGCAUGUCCAUUCCUCAGAGAGGCCUUUCAAGUGCCAAGUAACGGCCUGUACAUCUGCCUUUGCUACCAAAGACCGUCUGCGCUCGCAUAUGAUCAGACAUGAAGGUAAAGUCACCUGUAACAUCUGUGGCAAAAUGCUAAGUGCAGCCUACAUCACAAGUCACCUCAAGACUCAUGGCCAAGCCAGCUUCAGCAACCAUUGUAACAAAGGAAUAAGUGACUGGCAGUGGAACCAUUCAGGGCCACGAAAAGGUGAGUUGACGGUAGGAGAGAUUUUAAAUAACUCCUUCCAAGUCCUAAUUGACAACUCUCAUAAAGAUGCCAACAACAUUCACAACUCCGCCACGACAACGCCAGUCACCAACUCUGCAGCCAUCACCUCUGCUUUAAACCGAGGUGGCAAUACCAGCAAUCCAGUCACCAUUGCUGCUCAGAUGAACAUCACCACAAGCACCAUCAACAUAACAAACCCGGUUAACUUGGGCCCCGUCAACCUCGCCUCUGUCAAUAUCCCAACGACAGCCCACAUGAAUCUUGCCCACCCUGUAGCUAUAACCACCCAGAUGCCCAUGAAUAUUACCGGCCCACUUAACAUUGCUAUGAGGCCCAUGGAUAGCAUGCCUUUUCUAUCCCAAGUUCUGCCAUCCUCACCUCCUUGGUAGAUAUUUUUUGUAGCUGCAGAGUAACUGUUGAGAAUGUAUCUAUAUGCCUAAUAAUAAUAUACAAAUGUGCUGAAUCUUGGUCCAAUGAAGAGCGGCAUGCCUUCCUAAAUAAUACACGACCUCACCCCACAUAGAUUCCUAAUCGAAAAAGUAAUUGUUACCAUCACUUUGGGAAAUAUUAAAUGUGGAAGAAGCAGUGAUUUACAUAUCCCACAAAUGAAUUGGGGUAGCAUUGCUCAGGUGGUAGUGGUUGUAUCCUUAGUGCCACUGUGACCCUAUAACUGUUAUUUUUGAGCAAGAUACUGAACCCCCAGUUGCUCCUGGGGCUGCAUCAUCAGUAGGUGAAUGAGGUAAUAGUGUCAAAGUGCUUUCAUUACCUUUAAGGUAGAAAAGCGCUAUACAGUGGAACCUGUUAAUGUUGACCAACCCAUCGUGUUUUUAUCAUUGCUAAAAAAGCUGCCAGUUUAAACCGGAGCAAUUAUAUGGAAAUAACUGCCACUUACAUUCAAAGCUUCAGCAUAUAGUCAAAAGUCCUUUCUUCUUUCGUGUUAGGGCUCCCAGCCGUUCUUUAAUCUUCCUUCGUACAAAUACCUAAAUCACACCUGGCAAAAUACGUCUCGUUAAACUUUGUAAUCCGGUCCGCUGGACGUCUUCCAAUUAUUUUUUAAAACCUUUAACAUCAAAACUGCCGUUAUCAAUUUACCGUAAGUCUUGUGGUGCGUUCCAUUAACCUCGGAAGUUGGAAAUCAGAGCUGGGAAUGAUGUCUCGCGCUCUAGUUAUGAAGUCGGAAAUAAAGAUCGCCAAAUCCACGAAAAGUAUUCUUGCUCUUGCCUUAUCUGAAUAUAAACAACUUAUGGAAAAAUAUGCACUCUUUCUCCAACUUUUAAACAAGGUGGAUGACAUGUAAACACAGACAUUAUUUCUAGCAAUGUAGAACGUAUAAAACACAUGAGCAAACUUAAUUUACCGUAUUUUCCGGACUAUAAACCGAAUCGACAUAAACCGCACCCACUAAAUUUUAGUAUACUGUAUAUACAUACAUAUACUGUAUUAGCCGCACUAGACUAUAAACCGCAUUUAUAUACCGGUACAUUGUGAAAUAUUUACAUAUACAGAUUUGGUAAAUGUUUAUUUCCAUACCUUAACUGUUUCCAAAUGGUGCCUGUAACACGCCAGUAAAACGGCUGAUCAAACAAAACAGAAAAGUCAUUAAUGUCUUUAUUCGUCUUUUAAGAUGAAUGAGAUCUUCUCCUUUUUUAAUAAGGUUCAAGAUGUUUAUCAGGAUUCUUCCUCCUUGUACUUUGUAAAGUUUCUUGAAGUGCAUAAUUUUAGUAUAUUGUUUGAUUUCUUUGCUUAAUCCAUUCCAUAAUUUAGCCGUUAGCGAAGAAAAAUCUGUAGAUUAGCCGCACCUUUAUAUAAGCCGCAGGGUUCAAAGCUUGGGAAAAAAGUAGCAGCUAAUAGUCUGGAAAAUACGGUACACAACGGUAACAUUAUCAAAUAUGAACGUUCAACAAUUAAUCGUAUAUCGCUGAUUUAAUGCUACAAAAAACUAGAAGUGCUAAUAAAGAAUUUUACAAAAAGUUCUAUUACUGUUGACACUCCGAGCAGCCAUCUUUGAAGCCAACUCAGGAUUGGUGAGGACUCUCCGACUUUCCAAGCAGGAAAUCCGACCUCGGGGUACGUUCUGGUUGAACUCUCCGAUUAGGAACGCGCAAAUUCUGAAUGGUGGAACGCACCAUUAAACUAUAGCAUGUAUUCCAAUGGUUUGAAGCUGCGCUUUUGAGUUACAUACAGGGUUAUUACGGUAAUCACAGAAACUACGUCACAGCAGCUGAGGCACAAAGCAGAGUGCAGGGUUUAUUUACAGAGCAGUUUGUAUAACUAAGUUAUGCACAUGAAAGUGAUAACUUACAUUUUGGGUGUUUUUUUUUUACCCUGUUUGUUGCGUUUUGCUUGAUUGUAAAAUGUGUCGAUCAAGGAGAUGGUCUGCGAAGUAAAGGAGGAGCAACAUUCUUAAUAUUCAGUUUUUUAUCAUACACAGUUAAUAUUGUAAAUCCCACAUUCUUUGUUAUGUGUAUUUUGGCUGCCUUAUUCAGUGAAAAACUGUAAAACUUCAUAAUUUAGCUGUAAAAAAAAUCUGCUGUAUUUGCUUGGGUCCGUUUUUUCAGGAAUAGUAAUGCAAAACCUUACAAAAUAAUGUCUAAAAUGCGGGGGGGGAGGUGUGACAGACCACCUCAAAAACGGAAUAGAAUUGUUUUUUUCAUUUGCACAAAUGGAGGAAAAGGUAAACAAACUACCAUAGGUUCAACAUUGUAUGCCUCUGGCUGAAGUCACUAAUAACUGUUAUUUGGUCAUGUCGACAAUCACUUGUGUCAACUUGAGUCAGCCAGUCCGAGGGAUGUCGACUUUUAACGGGUUCCACUGUGUAAGUGAAAGCCUGUUUACCAUUCAUCACAUUGAUGCAAAAUGAUUAGUAUUAGUAAAAGUAUUACCUCUGAAGCUUAGUCCCUCCGAUGAAUUUUCUAAAACAAAUUUUCAUCAAUCCUUAUGAGGAAAAGCAACACAUUGUUUGUGUUUUAUAUUAGUAGAGAUUAAAGUACCCAGAAAACAUUUAAAUUCUCUUAUCUAUCAAAGGGACAGUCUACCAUAUUUUCAUAAAAAACCUUCUGUUCAAUGUAAAAUGACCCCACUCACUGCCAUUUUAGUUGUUUUUUUUAGUAUUUAAGCAACCCAUUAUGCCAAAGAGUUUCCAAGUAACACUGUUCCCUUUAAAUGAUGAAUGUUAAAGAUGAGUGUAGACACCUAAAUGAAUUCAGAUCAAGCACUAUCUCAAAAGAGGUCUCACAUUAGAUGCUCCUACAUCUUUGCAUUCUGAUAUAGUGUUUACUCAAAUCUAAUUUUGAAAUCAAUUUAGGUAUGUUUAGUGUUUACAUAGGUUUUCGAACAGAACAAAUAUGGUUGCCGAUUUUAAUGUAUUUAUCAGACAGUUAUUAGGCAUUAUUGGCGGUUACACAUUGAACCAUAUGUUUAAUGUAUCUCUUGUUUUGUGCCGCAUUUGUUAGCUGACUCAUUGGAGCUGUGUUAUAAGGAGUAUCCUUUUACAUAAUUCUUGAUCUAGUUGUCAAUGUGUAGUAUAAGUGAACAAUUGCAACAAGAUUGCCUAUGCUGUGCAUUUGAUGUCAAAAGGUGUGACACCUUCCUACACCUGAGGUGUAUUUUUUGGUGUGUGUGAGACACAAUGCUUCCAGAUAAGAUUUUUUUACACUAUUUUUAGAGGACUAAUCAGUAUUUAAUAGUUUUAUGUAUUUCAAAGUUUUAAGUGAUAAAAAAAAUCUUUCUUAGUAGGGCGGGUAUUAUAUUUUGCAUUUUGUUGAUGUUUCUGAAGCUUGGUGAGGUUUGUUUUAAAUUAACUUCUCCCCUGGCUGUAUUUUGAAAUGGCUGGGAAUUACACUCAUCAUCUAUGUGUGAAUUAUUGAGGAAAUAUUUAUCAUAAGAACAUGACAGCUAAAGGUACAGCACAGAGGGAGAAACAGUAUUAUUAAGGUCAAAUAGAUUGAUUACUGAGGUCGAGAACAAUAUACUGUAUUUCCUUCGAAGGUCAUGGAACGCUAUCAAGGCAAUUUCAAAGUUAGGUUGGGUCGGAAUGUUUAUGUUAACAACCAUAUGAGCUUAUAUAUGCCAGUAGAACGCUAAAAAGUUACUUAGAAUAGUCUUCUCCAAUGCCUGUUUACCUUCUUUUUUGUAAAUAUGAAACACUAUUUUAUAGCCUUGUGGUAGUGCCAGUGUGACUUUAUAGCAAAGCUGGCAGUGCAAAACAAAUUGGUCUAUCCCUCACAUUUUUAUGGCAAUAUCUCUUAAGGGACAAUACAAAAGAAUGAAACAGGGUUAUAAUUUAAUUAGUUGAUUUACUCAACAGAUUAUGGUAUUGAUUCAAUAUCAAGUAAAAAUUAAGAGCUUUAUUUGCCGAUACUGACACAAUACUUAAAAUAUUUUCAAGUUUCUUGAAUGAUUUUGCCAAUCAGAUCAGACUAAAAAUAAAACGCAGCACUAUUUUAGGUAAACAUAGUUUUGUGAACAAACUAUUUGGAAAAAAAUGUACAACUGUAUAAGUGAGUGUGUGGCACACUUGCUAGCUGUAUUGACACCGCACUGAUACUGUGUUAGUGUUUCAUUAUGUUCAUCCGCUAUCCGCUCUUUAAAAAAAGGAUCUGCAUUUCUCUUCAAAAUAAGACAAAUAUAAUUGUUACUUUUAAACAAACAGCUGCACAGAAAGGAAUAUGAAACACGCAACUCUGGUCAAGUAUCCAAAUAGUAAAUUGAAAAAGAAGAAUAUUUACUUUAUUUGGCGCUUUAAGAUCAAAAUGAUCCCAUACUUCAGAAUUUUGCCUUUUCUUAGUUCUAUUUAGAUCGAUGAUCUAAAUAGAUCAUCAUUGUUUAGUAGGAACUGUCGCUUGUGAGCCGAAAGAAAAACCAUUUCUGAAGAGCAGUUUGGCACUUCUCAGUCAAAUGACGCAACAUUUUUUCUUAAAGUGACACAUUGAGACAUCGAGUGACAGUAUCAAUCCUUGUGUUUUCCAUAAGGCACUAAAACGCAGUACUAUUAAUAAUAACAAAAUAUAAUUCACAAAUAUAAUUGUUACUUUUAAACAAACAUAGAAUCAUCCCCUUAUUCUUUUUUUGUUACAAAGAAUAGUUUAAGUACCGUAUACGCCGCACCGGCCGAAAAUGCACAAUAAAGAAGGAAAAAAACAUAUAUACGUCGCACUGGAGUAUAAGUCGCAUUUUUGGGGGAAAUUUAUUUGUAAAAUCCAACACCAAGAAUAGACAUUUGAAAGGCAACUUAAAAUAAAUAAAGACUAGUGAACAACAGGCUGAAUAAGUGUACGCCAUAUGACGCAUAAAUAACCAACUGAGAACGUGCCAGGUAUGUUACGCAACACAUCAUGGCAAGAGUCAUUCAAAUAACUAUAACAUAUAGAACAUGCGGUACGUUUACCAAACAAUCUGUCAAUCCCGAUCGCUAAAUCCGAUGAAAUCUUCCUCCCCGGUGUCGCCUCUGUUAUGUCCUUUCUUUCUGCUGCUCGAUCGCCAUUCUCUGCUGCAUAUUUCACUACAUCUAGCUUGUAAUCUGCAGUAUAUGAUUUCCUUUCCGGUGCCAUUUUAGUUCAGCCCUUCUCAGUUUUUAUAAGUUACCGCCAAUGUUGAUGUGAUCCAUUUUAAUAGCUACGGCAGUAGCGUAUAGCAUAUAGCAGUUAGCAGUUACUCGCGGUCUGGGGAGAUUGCUAUUGCUUUUGGCUCGUAGUCAGCAUGCUCGCCUUUCACAUUGACAACCUGGGUUUGUGCACCGCUCGGAGCAGUCGGAAAAAACAACGCAGCCAAGAGAGAGUACACAAUCGCUACAUGAAGCAGAGCUGUCUGUGAUUGACAGCUAUGGACACCAAUCAUUGCAUUCCGCCGUCAAAAUCGGGGGCCCCUGAUUGGGUGGUGGCCACUGGGCUUCAGCCCAAGUAAGCCUGUGCAUCAAGGCAGCCCUGCGUGUGUCCAAAACAUAAUUUUUUUAAAUUUAAACAAUAUAAGCAACAAUAUGAAUAACAAAACACAAAUAAUUAGCUGUUCAACCAAUGAAAUGUGUCACUGCAUCGCCCACCCACGCCGUCACAUCCUUGUUUACGUUAACAGAGAUCUCGUUUUUUCAUGACCAUUUCUUACACUCAUUUACGAACAAAAAUCCCUGCUAUAGCACUGAACAGUACCCCGUUGUUUAAUGAGAGCAGGGUAAACCGUUCGCAAACUGCGAUUUUUGUCACAAUAUUUGUAAAAACUCUUGAGAAAUCAGGCAAGAUCCCCAAAUUGUUGUCAAUGUUCCAAAAUGUGCUCUGCACUUGAGUUUAAUAUGAGUAUGAAGCGUAUUUCGUACAUCAUGUGAUUAGUGGUUAGAGUGUCCGCCCUGAGAUCGGUAGGUUGGAGUUCAAAUCCCAGCCGAGUCAUACCAAAGACUAUAAAAAUGGGACCCAUAACCUCCCUGCUUGGCACUCAGCAACACGGGUUGGAGUUGGGGGUUAGAUCACCAAAAUGAUUCCCGGGCGCGGCGCCGCUGCUGCCCACUGCUCCCCAAGGGGAUGGGUCAAAUGCAGAGGACAAAUUUCAUUUUGUGUGUGACAAUCAUUGGUACUUUAAUCUUUAAUCUUAAUCUUUUUGGGUAAAGUUUACAAAGAACACUUCAAACAUUGAUAACAAAUUCAUACAAAUGCAAGCUGAUGCAAAGAUAGGCUUCGACAUUGCAACUUUUACUACAACUUUGUAAAAAUGAAAAAACAAUCCUGGAGGGACUGACAGCUUUACGCUGACUACUCUUAAGUUGUAACCACGUGUCUUUUAUGUUUUCCCUUGAGAAUAAAUAAAAAUGUGAGUGAUGUACUGGAAAUCAGCGCUGAUGUGGCCGUCCAACACUAAGAAUAAACAGACCACAUUGGCCUAUAAGCUUAUCAUUUUUGUUUUAAUCACUAAUCCCCCCCCCCCCCCCCCCCCCCCACCCCUCAAAAAAAUACCUGGUCAACAAAUAUUGUUUGUGGUGCUAUGGCCAUUUUGUCCUCCGAUAAACAGUGCAAUUUAUUCUCUCGGGCAAAAUGGCAAAUUAUAGCAGUGAGACUAACUAAACUCUUUCUCAAUACUGUUUAUAUACAUCUCCACAAAUCUAAUACUUGUGAUAUGAAAAUACUGUAUACUAUUCAUCAGGGUUAUGGGAGUAUUCCUUUUACAUAUUUACGAGGAUACUGUGGUUAAACUUGUAAAUUGAGGCUUUUUUUCAGAAAUAAGACUUAAUAGUAUUUCCUGUGAAAUAAAAACAAGAUAACAUUUGUAACCUAUUUUAAACCUUCACAAAUAAUUAGUAUUUGACAAAAACCCUGACAAUGGUCAGCAGAGGUACUUGAGGUCAGAUUCACAUAUAUUUAACAUCUCUCUCCCACUGUUUAAUAAUGUCAGGAAAUGUUUUUAGGUCAGAACAAACAAUCGUAACACAUUUGUGUGUCUUAGGAAAAGGUCAAAGUCAGAUAGCUUGGUACAUAUAGUGUUUGUUGGUUCUUGCUCAAAGGUUGAUCCUUUGUGUUAUCGGAUUUAGAAUAAUUUAGCAUUGACUGCAAGGCCAAAGAGGAAUUGUCUAGUUUUUUCUAUUCUUUGUUUGUUUUUCUACUUAGUAAUAGUGCUCUACCAUAUUGAUCUCACACAAUUACACACUAAUGUUGAGUUGACCCUUAUUUUUUUGUCUGAUCUGACUGCAACACUGUUAGUGAUGCAGCCAUCACAAAUUACAUACCUUUGCCUGACUGUCAAAAAACAAAGAUAGAAACAUUGCAUACAUUUUAUGGUAGCUUUACUGUAACAGAGGCAGACAUUGUGGGGGGGAAAUCUAGAAAGGUUAUAAAUUAAUUUGUAUUUAAUUAAAGGAAAUAUAUAUUUGUUCCUAAAACAAAACAUGGCUUAGUCAAAACAUGGCAUCCCGCUAAACUUCCUUGGUGUAGGAAGCCCUGUUAGCAACCACACGAGUCAGACUGCUUGGUCACCAAGGUUGCACGCAUACUAGAAAGAGAUUUUGGUCAGAUUUUUCCAACUCCAUGUUUGAAUGAAGGGAUGCUUUUAAACUCAUAUUCAGCUUUUCUCUGCCUCCAGAGUACUGCAGGAUCUUUAUGGCAGCGUUGGUAAUUGUACACCCAACUCUUUCGCUGUCAUUAUAGUUUAUGAUGAGAGUAUUUGGUGCUAAGAACCAUCCCUAUUCUACUGGGGUAAACAUUUUCUGAACGAGGGUGAUUGACAGUGCCAAUAGUAGUAUUUUUUUUUCUCACCAAGCUUCUUGUGAUAGUCUAGUAGCUCAUCCCAGUCUUGUGCAGGUCUACAAACCUGUCCAUGGGGUUCUUGACAAGUCUUUGGACAUGCCCAUGGAGAUAAGGAGGUUUGAAUGGAAGAUACUUUUUUGGACAGUUGUCUUAGCCAAUUAAUAUGUUGCGAUUUGAAGGUCUUUCCUAAAGAGAAACAAUUGAUUUAUGUGCUUCAUGGACAUACAACUGUGUGGUCAGAAUGCUUGUUGGUUUGUAGGAGAUCAAACACGUAUUUACUGCACUGAAAUACAAAUUAAACCAACUUAUUGUAUUUUUUUUCUGAUUAUUUUGUGUUUACAAUAAACCUGCCAUAAAAAUGCAUAUUUUUGUAUGACAGCAAACUUACAAAAUCAGCAAGGGGUCAAGCAUUUAUUUUUGUAUUUGUAUUUCUUUCAAGUUGAGGCCAUUUCUCUACAACACUUGCAGCAUAUUAUUGGAUGUUGGCGAGUCGCACCUGCAUUUCAUUGAAAGCAUGUCAACACUGUCCCGAUUUGUAAUGCGUUUUGAUCUUGGAAAUUUAAUUGUUUUGUCUUCAAUCUUUGUUUUUUUUCUUAUGUUGCAUGUGGUUGACUGAGCUUGUCUAUUGUAGGUUUGAGUUGAAUAACAUUUUUGCUAGAACAAUAGUGACAUUUUUAUGACAAAACAAACACUAAAAAAAAAGGGUAAAUCAUGCAUGUGUUGUCUGUCCUUCUCUAGUGGCCGUAACAAGUGUGCCUGAAAUACUUUGCAAGACUCUUCCACGUUGAUGCUUCUUCCUCAAUGUGUGUUAUGUGAUAAAGGAUGAAAAUAUACUGUGAAGGAAUACUUUUUUGUUGUUUUUUUAUUUUCAAAUGGCUGCAGACAUCUUACUGACAACCAAACUAUGGCAUUUGCAUACUAUACAGUAUGUUAUGAAAUCUUAUGAUUGUAAGUCACAGUUGUUCAGUAACUGUGUUCUGUAUUUUUUUUAAAUUGCAAAUUAGGAACAUACAUGAAAAAACAAUUUGAAGACAAAACAUUUUUCCCAACCAUUUUGUCAAGUAAAAAUUUGGAAGAUGUUGUGAAGGCAAUUGAAUGUAUAUCUUUGUACAAACCGUUCAAAUCAGAGAACUUGUUAGUUAUGAUAGACAUGCAAGGAAACAAAUCUUUUUAUUAAAAAAAAACAUUUUGUAUUAGAUCAUUAACAAUGGUAAGUUUUGUAUAUAUGAAGGCUAGGCUUUCUGAUUAGCAGAAAGGUAAAACAUUCCUACAUUUUUUAAAUGUAUGUUCAUGGAAAAUAACUAUGUAAACAUGCACAAUGUUUUAUGUGCCUUUUAUUUGGGUUUGUCUAAAUAAAAGAAAACCGUAAAACAUGAUUGUCAACUGGCCAUGUUGAACCCUACAUUGUAUGUUUUUUUUGUGUGUUUGACAGCUACGAGAUCAGGAAGAUAAAUGAUGAUGGAUGUCAACAAUUUGUUGGGCUCUUAGUUUGGAUUAUUUUGCUAUUAAAGUGUAAUAUUUUAACACCCCCUUUUAACCUAUAAACGUAGAGUUUCCACACUUUUGAAUUAUUUUCAG